AAUGUCCAUUGUACGUGGAUUGAGUGCGGAGCUCUGGAAAAUGGUAGCGCCCAGUGCAACUUGAAGUUUUAAAAUAGUUUACAUUUUUAAUGCUUGGCAACGAUCGGAGGAUAUCUAACAUUACCUAAUAUGUUAGGAACAAUAUGCACUUUUGCUAUAGUCUUAACGACAGCAUUGUCGUUUGAUCCGUUUAUGGAUAAUGGCAUGUUUGAUAUGGUUUGGCUAGAAUCUAAAAAUGAUUAUAAAGAAGAUCCAUCUAUGUCAACCGAUUCGAUCGUUCUGAAAACAAGAGAUCAAGAACAGUACAAGUGUUUCCUACCAGAGGCAGAUAACGCUCAAGAUAAAGAUGACAAAGUACCGUAUAAAGGAUUAUCAGAAUUGGAACUAUUGAAACCUUUGUUCGAUACAUCUCAAUGUUCUUAUAGGUGGGAAUCCUAUUGGGCUUAUGAAUUAUGCCAUGGACGCUUUUUAAGACAAUAUCACGAAGACAAAGAGCCGGGAAAGAAACCGAAAGUUCAAGAAUAUUUUCUAGGUUAUUACGGUAAAAAUUCACCGGACAAAAAGGCUGAAGAAAUAGAAAAAGCAAAAGAGAAACAAGUUGAUGAAUCAGUAGAAAAGAAAUUAACAAUAGCUCAAUUAAAGAAAUUACUCAAAAAGAAGAAAUUAGACGAUGACCAUAUUCUUCCAUAUUUUAGGGUUAAUUACACUUCCGGUACAAAUUGCGAUGUAACAAAUGAUCCAAGAAUAGCCAAUAUUUUAUACGUUUGUCAUAAGAAUGCUAGAGCUGAGCUAUUCGAAAUAAAAGAAGUUUCCAGCUGCGAGUACGAAGCUGUUGUAUUAACAGAAUUAUUGUGUUCUCAUCCAGCUUAUGUAACAAUACCGAAGCGUUCGCAAAAAAUUCGCUGUCUGCCACUAAAUAAUUCUCCAACAAAGCCUAAAUCAUUGGCAGAAUUGGAAUUAAGAAGGAUAAAAUUUAAUUCCGCUCAUGUAAAGUUUGAAAAUCGUAAAGACUCCAGUAUUGAUGACGAAGAAGAUUUAGGCAAUGAUAUUGCUCAGGAACACCUUCAUAUUAAUUCACCAAAAGAGCCAAUGGCUCAAAAGCAAUUACCCGAUCCUAAAAGUCGUCCUAAGCAGCCUCGUUUGUUGCCACAUGUCAGAGAAAAAAUGAUAAGGGAUAUUAUUAACGGAGAAAGUUGCAUUGAUGGAGGCUCUGGUUGGUGGAAACACGAAUUCUGUUUGCAAAAACAAGUUCAACAGUAUCACGAAGAUAAAAAUGGUAAAAAAACUUAUAUAAAACUCGGAGAAUGGAAUGAAAAAUACCAGAAAUUAUAUAUGCAGAAGAAUCAGCAGAAGAGACCGUCGUCGCAAAAAGAAUCGAGAAAAUCAAUUACACAGUAUUAUGGCAAUGGAGAUGUUUGUGAGGAGACAAAAAGGCAUCGUCAUGUGGAAGUUAAACUUAAGUGUGCAGAAAAGGCUUCGUCAGCUCACAGUAUUUCAAUUUAUAUAUUAGAACCUAGAACAUGCGAAUAUCUCUUAACUGUUGAAUCAGAGCUUAUCUGUUCAAUAUUGGAAAAAGCCGACGAAGACGGUAUUAUUCCCCUGCAGACUUCUUCUACGUCACCUCCAUGAGACUUUCGUUUCUUUCAUGUUGCUUUUGAAAGAAAUUAAUUACAAACUGUGAUUUAAAUAUUGUUUCUUUUUGGGUUUGGAAUACUUUUUCGUGCGUUAUCAGGAAAUAUUAAUAAAAUGAUUAUUAUUAUUAUUAUUAUUAUUAUCAUUAUCAUUAUUGUAUACUAACAAAAUUUUUUAAUAAAUCAUAAUGAUAAAUAGUAAUAAUAAAAAGAUAAAUCUACCAAAUGCUAUUUACUUCAUAGUUAACAACGAAUAGAAAGACUCGUUCAUUUCUUUUCAAUAUAUUUGAGCUUAAAAUCGUUUGUUAUAGUUGAAAGUAUUGUUAGAUAAAAAUUGUAUACAGUUGUUUAUUUUUAUGAAAACAUAACUGAUGAUCAGAGUUAUGAGAUGCAGCCCCAAUUGAAUAAUAGAUAAAAACCUGUUUUUUACCUAUAAAAUGAAUAUAAAUAAAUAAAAAAAGAAAGCUUUUC